AUGCCCGCCGCGACGCGCUCCGCCCCGACCAGCCCCGAGCGGCCACCGCUGGCGGGCGCCGGAGCGCAGGCGCGGCCCGGCGCCGCUGUGGCCGACGGCACGCACACGGGCGCGCGAGGCGACGGCGCGGCUGCGGCGGCGCUCGGCGAGCGCGCCGAGAGCGACCCAGGGCGGCCGAGUGCGGGGGAGCAGGCGCCGGCGCGGGCGGCGAGCCGGCUGUCGGCUGUGGGAUGGCCCGCCGGCGGCAGUGCCAGCGAGGGCGGCGCGGCGGGCGCGGGCGCGGCCCCCGAGGACGAGGAGCGGCACGGCGCGGCGCAGGGGCUUGCUGUUAAUCGCAGCUCGCCAACCCCUGCUGACGCCCCGGCCACAAGUAACAGCGAAGUCGCCGGCGCCGCCCCUGCCGGCGCGGCCGCGGCCGCGCCCGUGCGGCGCGCGGCGAGCGCGGACAGCGGCGCGGCGGGGGCAGCUGGGGCAUGGCAUCAGAAGCGGGAGGUGCUGGCGCGCAUAGAGACAGAGCUACAGGAGGUGCUCACGGCCAGCGGGCGGCGCGCGGCGCCCUACGUGCCAGUCCGAGGGAGCGCCAG